UGUUACACAUUCAAAGCGGAAGUUGUUGGUACUGCGCAGUGGAUGAAUGGGGUCGCUGUACAUAGUGCACUUCAAUAGUAUGCACAGAGACGCACAACGCAGUCUAUAAUACACAAAAUGAAGCGACCGGAAAGGAUUUAUUCAUCUCAACAUUAACUUAAUACACAUCAUUGAGUUCUUGAUUUCAGCAUCAGCAGGUCAUCAUGAGAAUGAGACUGAAGCUGAAGACUGUGUUUGUCAUGUACUUCAUGGUGUCACUGCUAGGACUCAUCUAUGCGCUGAUGCAGCUGGGUCAGCGUUGUGACUGCAGAGAUCAUGACAUGUCUAAAGAUCAGCAGAUCUCUCAUCUGCAAACGGAGCUGCGGAAGCUGCAGGAACACGUAAAAACAUCGGAACUGAAGAAGACUGAUGUUCCCAAAAUUUAUGUGAUAACACCCACAUAUGCAAGACUGGUGCAGAAAGCUGAGCUCACUCGUUUGUCUCACACCUUCCUCCAUGUUCCUCAGCUCCACUGGAUCGUGGUGGAGGACGCUCCCCAGCCAACUCCGCUUGUCACAGACUUCCUGGCUGCAUCUGGAUUGACCUACACCCAUCUACACAAGCUGACCCCCAAGGACAGGAAGCUCCAGGAAGGUGAUCCCAGCUGGCUGAAGCCUCGGGGUGCUGAGCAGAGGAACGAGGGUCUACGCUGGCUCCGGGAGAUGGGCGCUGCUGCUGAGGGAAAGGAAUCGGCUGCUCUCGAGGAGGCUGUGGUUUACUUUGCUGAUGAUGACAACACAUACAGCCUCCAGCUUUUUGAAGAGAUGCGGUACACAUACCGUGUCUCUGUGUGGCCCGUGGGUCUGGUGGGCGGGAUGAAGUUUGAGCGGCCCGUGGUAGAGGAUGGGAAGGUUGUGCGUUUCCACACUGGCUGGCGCCCCAAUCGCCCUUUCCCCAUCGACAUGGCUGGUUUUGCAGUGUCCCUGAGGUCGGUAAUGACCAAUCCCGAAGCAUGGUUUGAUGGUGAUGCUCAGAUGGGCUUCCUGGAAAGUAGCUUUCUUCAGCACCUGGUUACUAUGGACGACCUUGAGCCCAAAGCAGACCUGUGCACCAAGGUGCUGGUGUGGCACACCCGAACUGAGAAGCCAAAGAUGAAGAGGGAAGACGCUUUGCAAAAGCAAGGGUUGGGUUCAGAUCCGGAUGUGGAGGUGUGAGCACCACCUCAUCAGAACAUGCCUGAACUUCACCAAACAUCCACACUUCCAUUGUGCCAAACAGAUUCCCUUAUUUAAAUGGCAAGAGGUAAAUUGCAAUGUACUGAAGACACUACUGUAAGUGUGAUUUCUGAGCCGCACACAAAAGACAUAAGGUGAUGAGUGCAGGUGAAUGUAGGGAUAAAAAGUCACAAAGAAAACUGCAGACUAAAAGGAAAUGGAUUGCUAUAAAUCAUCAUGCACCCCAUAAACCAUACUCAUCACCUGUUCACUUGAACAAUAUUUAAAGGGAAUUGUACAUAUGGUAUCAGUAAUUAAGAUGAGCUUGUAUUUAUAUAUUAGAAACACACUUGUUUAAAGCGUGAGGUUUGCUUGGAAUAUAUUUAUUAUAAUGUAAACUCAUUAUGUCUAUGCUGUCCAUGUCUUUGUCAUUCUAGGCAUACUUGUCUUAUGUCUUGAUAUAAAGACAAUUUUUUUUUCUUUGAUAGGUGGAGGAUAUAAAUAGGUCAGAUACGGUGUCUAUAUAUGCCAUUAAUAAUCUCUCUUGAAUCACAAUGGUGUGAUUAUUUUAUAAUCCAGUGACGUUGUGUACGUGGCACUGGUAAAGCUUCAGGUGACACGGUGUAAAGUACAGAUGAUGUCAAUUGACCCUGUGAAACAACAAAGAGUGAAAGUAUUUACAGAAUGCGAGAACAUUUCGAGUUCUUAUGCACAUCAUCAUAAUGGUGGCAAUGUAAAAAUGUAGAUAGCUGAAUGUAGCAGAUAAAUUCAAUUUAAGGUCAGUUUGUCAUUCCAUGUGCUGGCGAAGUUUUCUGUUUUAUGCUUUAGAGGUCUACCUGUUUCACUGAAUCCAAAUGUAAAUAAUGUAAGAAUGUAAAGAUGUCAAUCAAGAUGUGCAAAAUGCUGAAUUAAAGUAUUGUCUCCCUUCCA